AUGCCUUCGCAAGAGAAAACCGAAACAGCCCUAACCAGAGCCCUACAGCAAUCGCUUUUUAACAACCACCACCAAUCCGGAAUCGAAAUCGUCUCCGCCGCUGACAACUCCAUUUCCUCCUCCUUUAUGAUGAAACAGAAUGAUUAUUGCAGUACCACGACUCCGUCGGCUUCCACCGUCACAGCUAGUGGAUCCGGGUCGGAACCGGAAACCCCUGGAUCCAAACGCCGCGGAGCCACCCUCGGCGUGUCGAUUGGUAAAUCCUCAAAGCGGAAGUCGCGUGCUUCGAAGCGGUCCAUGACGACGUUCAUCCAAGCCGACCCGGCUAAUUUCCGGCAGAUGGUACAGCAGGUCACCGGAGUGCAGUUACAAGGAAUCGGAAACGGGCAGUUGCCGGUUUCUACAGUGCUGAAACCGGAGCCACUCCGGCAGCCAUUCGUUAAUAAGUUUCAAGGAUGUUUGCCGACGUUAGACACUUCCGCUUAUCUGCUUGAACAUCAGAACAACAAUAAGUACAUGAACAUGACGAUGAAUACGAAUGGGUUCUCUCAGCCGCCGACGAUGAAUCUGGUGGCGGAAGACGGUGGCGCCGGAAUGGAUUUUUACUCCUUUUGUAGCUUCCCUACUCUUGAAUCAUCAAUCUAA